AGUCACACACAGCAGCAAAAUGCCUGAAGCAGAAGUGCUGUACUCUGAUGUGAAGUUUAAAAAAGGAAAGGGGGCGGUCAAAGAAGCCGUUUCCUCAUCGGCAGACGCGACUUACUCUGAAGUCAAGAUCUCAAAGACUCAGCGGUCCACAGCAGAGCAGCCUGAAUCCGUUUCCUCAUCGGCAGACGCGACUUACUCUGAAGUCAGGAUCUCACAGACUCAGCGGUCCACAGCAGAGCAGCCUGAGGUUCCUCCGCAAGCUGUGGUGAGCAAGAGGUCAAAGGUCACCUCAGAGAGAGUGGCCCUGCUGGUUCUCAGUGUUCUCCUGGCAGCUGCUCUCAGUGCUCUGUGUGUCAUCACAUUUGACAAAAUGAAAAUGAAAAAUGAACUCAAAAACCUGGAAGAUCAAAGAAUGACGUGUGAAAAUAACCUCACAGAGACGCUCUCUAAAGUAAAAGCAUGCAGCACUGUGCAGCCCAUCUGUCCCACACCUGAAGUAAAAAAUGAAUCCUGUUAUACAUGUAAAGCAGGCUGGGAGCAUCAUGGAGGAAAGUGCUAUCAUUUCUCCAUCAGUAAAUCCUCCUGGAACAGGAGCAGAGCUUACUGUAGAGCUGAAGGAGGAGACCUGGUUAAGAUAGACAGCAGGGAGGAGCAGAGUUUCCUGGAUGGAAAACUGAGAGACUUAAUGAAUAAAGAUGAGGACAAGUUCUGGAUCGGACUGACAGACUCAGCAGCAGAGGGCAGAUGGAUGUGGGUGGACAACACAUCACUGACUGAAAGUUUGAAGUUUUGGAGCAACAAUGAGCCAGAUAACUGGAAUGGAACAAAAGGGGAACAUCCUGAUGGAGAGGACUGUGCAAGGAUGGGAGAAAAAGGUGGAGCUAAAGAUCUGAAUUUGUGGUUUGAUGCAUUCUGCUCAAAGCUUCACAAAAGUAUUUGUGAGAAAGCAGAAGUAACUGGACAUCUUAAAUGUUUCUCUAAUUCAGUUCAGCCUGUUGAACACUGAGCUGCAGUUUUUUAAAGAAAUCUCAAUAAAAACAAGAAAAAACAAAAAGAAACAAA